UCGUUGACCUCUUGUUGACCUCACAACCGUUGUUCAGUUAGACUGUAUCUGUGCUUGACGGAUAAAGAUUUCUUUAAAGUUCAAUAGAUUCAAGGCCAUGUCAAGAAUGUAAUGUCUGACUUUUGUCAGGGUCAAUGCUACCUUACCAAAAAUAAUUGCGGUUUCUGCUGAAAUGUUUGGAUACGCUUGUUUUAUCAUUUCUGCAACAAACACAAACACAUACACCAUUACCAUUCACUAGACUUAAGAUCCAACAAUAAAGUUGUGAGGAUCACCAUUUAGUAUAUAUAGUGCGGAUGUGGAUAAUUAUUGUUACAAUUAUCACGCGUUUAGUUUGAAGCUUGAAAGCAGUUUAGCAUGGCUGACUUGAAACAAAAGUUUCAUGGCCUUUUACAGCAUCCACUGGAGCCGCUGUUUUUACCCAAAAACAAUGGAACCCUCUUCUAUGAUCUUCCGGAACGGUUCCUAACGUCUCGGUAUCGUCCUAUUGGGCAAAAUCUGGCCAAUCGUUUCGGGCCAGACUCGUCGACUUCAUCGUCAACUUCAUCGCAAGUUAGCAACGAUACGGCCGUGCAGCCUACAGUGGUAACUAUACGUGACCUGAAGGAACUCCCGGACCUAAAGUUUGCAUCCUGGGUUGAGCGUCGUGAAGCAUUUUCGCUGUUCAAUAGCGAACAUCGGAAAGCGGCUGGGAAGCUGAUUAAACUUUUCAUGAACCAACCGGAUGCGGACACACUAGUUGAUGUGGCAGCUUACGCACGUGAUCGUCUAAAUGGGCCGAUGUUUCAGUACGCACUAUCGGUCGCAUUGUUGCAUCGUUCCGAUACGAAGAGUGUCCCGGUACCGUCGAUGUUGCACCUGUUUCCCGAUCAGUUUGUUGAUCCAGCCACCAAGCCAAGGAUGAUGGAGGAAGGAUCUAUUGUGCUGGAUGAGAAUAGGAUGGCAAUUAGUAUGCCGAUGAACUAUACCGCAACCGAUGCAGAGCCGGAACAGCAGAUGGCUUUCUUCCGUGAGGAUAUCGGUGUGAAUCUUCACCACUGGCAUUGGCAUCUGACGUACCCUGGUUCUGCACCGCCGGAAGUCGUGCGAAAAGAUCGACGUGGGGAGCUGUUUUACUACAUGCACCAGCAGCUACUCGCACGCUAUCAGGUGGAUCGCUUUGCCCAAGGACUUGGACGUGUGGAACCAUUGUCGAGUCUUCGGGAACCGCUGCGCGAACCAUACUAUCCGAAACUUUUGCGCUCAGCAAACAAUCGCACAUACAGUGCCCGUUAUCCCGGUAUGACGAUAAGCGAUGUGGUACGAAGCAGUGAUCGUCUGGACGUUAGAAUUGGUGAUGUUGAAGCUGCGAUUACACGCGUGCUAGAAGCGAUCGAUUCCGGAUUUGCCAUCGAUAACGAUGGACUACGAGUCCCGCUGAAUGACGCUCGAGGGAUUGACAUAUUGGGGAACAUCAUCGAACGAUCGUCGCUUUCAAUCAAUCGCAGUUUGUACGGUGAUUUGCACAAUGCUGGCCAUGUACUGCUGGCCUACAUCCAUGAUCCGCGCGGCACCUAUCUGGAGUCGUUUGGCGCGAUGGGCGGCGUAGCGACCGCUAUGCGCGAUCCUGUGUUUUAUCGCUGGCAUAAGUUCGUCGACAAUCUGUUCCUGAGACACAAGGCUCUUCUUCCACCGUAUACUACAGCCGAGCUGUCCAAUAGCACCAUUACGGUGGAAUCACUAGAAACGCAACUGAAUCGCACCGAAGGUGGCGUGAACAGUUUGGUGACGUUUUACGAACGUUCACAGGUUGAUCUCGGUGCUGGGCUAGAUUUCGGACCGGCGGGAACCGCUUUCGUUAGCUUUACCCACCUGCAGUAUGCACCGUUCGAAUAUCGGAUCCGCAUUAACUCGUCGGCCCGUGUGAAUAGACUGGAUACGGUACGUAUCUUCCUGGUGCCACGCCAAGACGAACAGGGGCGCCCAUUGUCAUUCAAUGAUCGACGCACGAUGGCUAUUGAGCUGGACAGUUUUCGUGUAAAUUUGCGCCCCGGUACGACCAAUAUCGUACGACGAUCGGAGAGCUCCAGCGUUACAAUCCCGUACAACCGAACCUUUGGGAACGUAGUGCAGGCCAACGCGAGCAAUGUGCAAUCGCGAUUCUGUGGUUGCGGUUGGCCAGCACAUAUGCUGCUGCCGAAAGGGAAUGCGAACGGCAUCCAGUAUGAUUUGUUCGCUAUGGUUAGCCGGUUUGAGGACGAUAACGCUAAUGUGACCUAUGAUGAAAAUGCUGGAUGUGACGAUUCUUAUUCGUUCUGUGGCUUGAGAGACCGGGUCUAUCCUAGCCGCCGUCCGAUGGGUUUUCCGUUCGAUAGACGUGCAGCGAGCAGCGUGCGAACGAUGGCCGAAUUCGUUUCACCGUACAAAAACAUGCGGCUAGCGACGGUGACCUUACGAUUCAUGAACACUGUUAUCGAUCGACCGUAUUCCAUACCAGUAAAGAUGUCCAACAACAGAAAUCUUCUUGCCCUGCUCCAGCGCCCACUGGAACCGACGUUCUACCCGAAGGACAAUGGUAAAACCGUAGUCGAUCUGCCGGAAAGCUUCCUGACCGAGCGUUACCGUCCGAUCGGUGCAUCGCUGCAGAGCCGCUUCGGGAAUGAUGCUGAUACGCGCAUCCCGGUACGCAGUGUAGCGCCACCGAGCAUUUCCUUUGCGGAGGCUGUACCGCGCCGGGGUGGAUUUUCACUGUUCAACCCGAAGCACCGUCAAAUUGCGGGUGAUCUGAUCAAUCUGUUCAUGAGUCAAUCGGACGUUGAUACGCUGAUGAGUGUGGCGGCCUAUUCGCGUGAUCGUUUGAAUCCGAUUCUGUUCCAGUAUGCGCUGUCCGUCGCAAUUCAGCACCGGCCGGAUACGAAGGAUCUGAACAUCCCAUCGUUCCUGGAGCUGUUCCCCGAUUCGUUCGUUGAUCCGACCGUUUUCCCUAAGCUUCGUGAGGAAGGUUCCAUUGUGCAGGCGGAAAACCGAAUGACUAUCGAUAUUCCAAUGAAUUAUACCGCUUCGGAUCGGGAAGAUGAACAGCGCCUGGCUUACUUCCGUGAGGAUAUUGGUGUGAAUCUUCACCACUGGCAUUGGCAUCUGGUGUACCCGGGCGAAGGACCGAGCAAUGUUGUAAACAAAGAUCGUCGUGGUGAGCUGUUCUACUACAUGCAUCAGCAACUGAUCGCACGCUACAAUGUGGAGCGUUUCUGCAAUCGUCUUGCCCGUGUACGUCCACUGACCAACUUGCGUGAACCGCUGGCGGAAGGAUAUUUCCCGAAGAUCAUCCGUAGCUUGAACAAUCGUGCGUUCCCUCCUCGUCCGCAGAAUACGGUCUUGAGGGAUAUCAACCGUGUGGAUGAUAGCGUUAUCUUCACAGUGAGCGAUCUCGAACGUUCCGAGGCUCGGAUUGCGGAGAGCAUUGAUGGUGGAUAUGUUGUAGCUCCGGGUGGUAAUCGAAUUCCUCUGGAUGAGCGUACCGGUAUUGAUGUGCUGGGUAACAUUAUGGAACCAUCGGCCCUUUCCGUGAACAGCCAGUUCUAUGGAAACUAUCAUGGAAACUUGCACAACAUCAUUGCGUACAGUCAUGAUCCGGAUAACCGCUUCCUGGAGGGAUACGGUGUAAUUGGUGAGUUCCAGACGGCUAUGCGUGAUCCAACGUUCUACCGUCUGCACUCGCAGGUGGACAACAUGUUCCAUCGUUACAAGCGUACGCUGCAACCGUACAAUGCCAACCAGCUCAACUACAACGGUAUCCAGAUUCAAUCGCUCGGUGUACAGCUGAACCGAGCCAAUGCGCCGGCCAACGUGUUGCUGACGUACUGGCAACGAUCGCAGGUUGAUCUUGCUACUGGACUUGAUUUCGGACCGGAAGGAAAUGUGUUUGCUUCGUUCACUCAUCUGCAACACGCACCGUUCACCUUCAGACUGACUGUGAACAACACCAGCGGAGGAACUCGUCGUGGAACCUGCCGCAUCUUUAUUGGACCGAAGGUGGAUGAACGUAACACUGCCCUAACCAUGGAUGAGCAGCGUCUGCUGAUGGUGGAGUUGGAUAAAUUCACCGUGAACUUGAACCCUGGUACGAACAACAUUGUGCGCCGUUCGGAACAAUCCAGCGUAACCAUCCCGUACGAGAGAACGUUCCGUCAGGUGGCAAUGUCCAACAUCAACGAACCGAGCACGGAAAUGUUCCGCUUCUGUAACUGUGGCUGGCCGCAUCAUCUGCUGAUCCCGAAGGGUUCUCCGGAAGGCAUGCAGUUCGAUCUGUUUGCGAUGAUCUCGAACUAUGCCGACGAUACCGUCAACCAGGAGUUCGAUGAGAAUGUCAACUGCAACGAUUCACACUCGUUCUGCGGACUGCGUGAUCAGCUGUACCCGGAUCGUCGUGCGAUGGGCUAUCCGUUCGAUCGUCCCGUACCAACCACUGUUAGAGGCUUGCCCGAUUUUACCCGUGGCAAUACCAACAUGGCCACGGCUCAGGUGCAGGUACGCUUCACCAACACUGUCAUCGCCAGAACUUAGGAAGUUUGUGGCAUCCCGGAAACUGGAGCCGUUUGCGGCAUUUGAUUGGAACGCGAGAUUCUUUUUUAUUAUGCAUUUAUUUUCUUCCCAAUAAACUUCACUUAUUAUUCAGAAGCAUUUUAAAGCAUUUUUGUUACUGU